UUCUUGGUUGUCCCUCCGGGUGGGAAGAAGGAAAGAGAGAGCCCUAUGGUUGUUAUUAGUAAUAAUAAUCAUAAUAAUAAAAAGAAGAAGACCAAAAAAAGGGUUUGGCGGUCCAGGGGAAGAGCUGAGGCGAAGAAGAUGUCGUCGGCGGGGAAGCGAUUCGUCGUCGGAGUCGGAGGAGGGGGAGAGGGGCAGCUACAGCAACAGCAUCCGAUGUACCACGUGCCCCAACACAGCCGGAGGGAGAAGCUCCGUUCCCCCUCGGAGGACUCUCCUCCACCCAUUUCGUUACCAUCGCUCCACGAUCCCAGCACCGCUUGGCCGCUCCGCGCCGCCGACACCUUCACUUCCUACCCUCCGGUCUCUUCUUCGUCGUCUUCCUCUACCUGUUAUUCUCAAAACCCUAACUAUAGCAUCGCUUCCAGUACACAAUUGUCCGGCCACCACCGCACUCUCUCGCUCCCCAUACACCAACACCAACACCACCACCACCACCACCAGAUCUCCAACCAGGGCUUCUCUCUGUCCCUCUCUUCGUCUCCUUCCAACCCUCCACCUCCUGCACGCCACCAGUUCGGCGUAGGUCCGCUCGGGCCCUUCACGGGCUACGCCACGGUCUUAAACCGCUCCAGCUUCCUGGAGCCUGCCCGACAACUUCUCGAGGAAAUCUGUGAUUUCGGCCGUAGAGCAGUGACAGCGGCAGGAGGAAGCAGUGGUGGUGACAUGCUUCUAGAUGAUGUUCCACCGGAGCCAUCGCCGAUGGAUCAUCGGAUGGACGGCCGGUUCUCGGCUAGGGAGCAGCAGUGGAAGAAGACCAGGCUUAUCUCCAUGCUUGAUGAGAUCUAUAGAAGAUACAGGCAAUACUAUCAGCAGGUGCAAGCUGUCAUCACGUCUUUUGAAUCUGUAGCUGGCUUAAGUACUGCUGCCCCUUAUGCCUCCAUGGCCCUCAAUGCAAUGUCAGGACACUUCAGACGUCUCAGAGUUAUGAUAUCUAAUCAGCUUCAUCACACAAACAAGGUUCUUGGAAAAGGUCUCAGUAGGGAAGGAGGUCCAAGCUCUGGGCUCAUUAACAAUGGUGCUUGUCUUCAACAAGCAGUAAACAACUCAGGUACCUUUGGCCAGCUGCAUAUUUGGCGACCUCAGAGAGGGCUUCCUGAAAGUGCAGUGGCUGUCCUACGUGCAUGGUUAUUUGAACACUUCUUGCACCCUUAUCCUACUGAUACUGACAAGCAGAUGUUGUCUAAGCAAACAGGUCUCACAAGAAACCAGGUUUCAAACUGGUUUAUUAAUGCUAGGGUAAGACUCUGGAAACCAAUGGUUGAGGAGAUGCACUCUCUUGAGAAGCAACAAUUGCACAAAGUUUCAGCAAGUGAUAAAAGCCGUGUCACUGAUGAGCAAUCUCAGCUACCAUCAACUUCUACCGCUUCUCCCUCUAACUCUCGACCAGAUCAAAGAGCCAACACCCAAAAGAAUCCACACCCAACAACCAAAUGUAUUCAAGAUGAUCUCACUCGGAUACCCGACCAUACCCAAGAGCCAUUUAACAUUGUAUGUGAUGUUUUACCUGGUUAUCAGCAUCUUGGAUUUGGUGUGGAUGUUGCUGCUGGAGGAAAUUCAGGUGUUUCACUUACUCUUGGUCUCCACCAAACCAAUGGUGUUUGCUUGGUGGAGCCUCUUCCUUUGAAUGUCGCUCACUGUUUUAGUCUUGAAGAGUGCAAUGAUGCCUACGUAAUGGGUACAUUCAAUGGGCAAGAGCAGCAGUUUGGAAAGAACCUAGGUGUACAGUUCGUUCAUGAUUUUGUUGGAUGAAAGUGCUUGUGUAAAAUCAGCUUAGCCAAUAGAAUGGAGCAGAAAAUUUUUAUUUUCAGAAAUACUAAUGGAGGCCACCAAAAUACUCAUCAGGGAUCCAAGCACCCCUAAUUCUUCAGGCAUGGCUGUAGAAGAUUAUAGCCAUCAUGAAGCAUAAGGUAUGCUAUUAUAUGUUCAAGCUUGUGAUUUUCCUAGUCAUUAGACAUGUCAUUAUUGCACUUGGAAAAGGUUCACAUAGACAUUGAAAGCUCACUUAUAGUGAGCUUAAAUGUGGAGUCAUUUUUUGGAAAGCUAUAGAUCACAAACCACAUGACCUUUGAUGGUUAUUUGCAAGCAGGGAAGACAAGCAUUGUAAAGUAUGUCGUACUGCAUAUAAUCUGAUGGAGAAAAGAAAAAAUUUCCUCAAUCUGCUCAAUUUAAAUCUUUCAAAAAAAAAAAAA